AUGCCCCAUUAUCAGCCGGGGUUGGCGAAGAGCGCGGGACAUGAAUGGUUCUAUCUUGGAAUUGGUGGAGCCGUCGGUCUCGCGGCUCUUGUAGCCGUUGCCGCCCUACUCGCUGUUCGUAAACGUCGUCAAUACCCAUCACUUCUGCUUCCCCCGAAACAGGUGAUUGCUGUCCGUGGAGGAUUUCCAAAAGGUCCCGGCGGACUCAAACAAAGCCCAUCCCCUCUUCAAUCGCCUCUUUCAAAUGACUCGACUCCAUCACCAAUCGUUCCACUGCAGACUCUUUUGGAAGACAGAACCAGAAAACUGUCUCCUUCGGAACUUCCAUCAGAACGUGGAAACAUCUCGUUCACUCUCAGCUAUGAUCCUCAUACACUGACUCUUCUUGUCAGCAUCAUCAACUGUAGAAACCUUUGCGAGAUGGUGGUGUCUCGUGAUGGACAAUGUCUUCUUGACCCUUAUGUCAAACUUCAACUUCUUCCGGAGCGAGAGCAUCGUGUAAAAACUCGCAUUGUUCGCUCAACAACCAAUCCAGUCUAUGAAGAGCAGUUCGCCAUGUAUGGAGUCACUCACGAACAAGUCAACUUUGCCACGUUGCACUUCCAGGUCGUUGCCUUCGACCGUUACUCUCGUGAUACAGUCGUUGGAGAGUGUGUCUACAGACUGGCCGAUGCUGAACUUCAAGUUCACAACGAGAUGAGAGUUGAGCUCCCUCUCCUCCCACGUGCUACGGAUACUGUAGCUGCUCGUGGAGAACUUCUUCUUUCCUUAACCUAUCAGCCAGCAUUCAACAAUUUGACUGUUGUCGUGCUCAAAGCUCGUGGGCUAGGAGGAAGAAAUGAUGCCGGAACUGCGGAUCCAUUUGUAAAGUUGUACUUGCGCAAAGAAAGUGGAGAACGUAUUGCUAAGAAGAGAACGCAUGUGAGAAGAUCGACGUUGAAUCCGGUUUACAACGAGUCAUUCGUCUUUGAGCUUCCAGAAGAUCGACUGGAUCAUUCUGUCAUUGACCUACAGGUUAUUAAUCAUGACCGCGUCAACCGAAAUGACGUCAUUGGAAGAGCUCUUUUGAACAUGGAAGACUCACACGUCGUCGAAGUUCUCGAGAAUCCAGGAAGACAAGUCGCUCAGUGGCAUCAUCUUGACUAA